GACGCGCUCCGCUGCGCGUGCUUAUUUUCGAGUGCGCUUGGGCGUUCCCGGCUAGGGGGAGUUUCGCUCGGUGCGGCUCGCUGCCCAAUCACCUCGGGCGGCCAGGAUUGACGCGGCCGCUGUCCAGUGGCAGCACAGAGCCGUGAGCCGCGCUCCAAUCGCGAGGCUCGGAGGGCGGGCGCCGCGCUCGAGCGCGCGGCGGGAGGAGAUGGCGGUGCGGCGGCCACUGCGGGAGCUGUUCCAGGAUCCGCAGCUAUUCCAGGACCCGCAGCUCGUCGGAACCAUCGUGCUGGAGCGGGCGUCCUCCCCGGCCGCUGCUGCCUGGAUGCCGUCGCCGCCGUCGCCCUUGCCGUCGGCCGCGGAGCCGGCGUCGCCUCCGCGGCAGCAGGGUCCGCUGCCGGAGCUGUGCGCCGUGUUCCACUGCCGCGGCUGCUGGACGGUGUUGGGGGACUCGCUGCAGUUGUGCGCGCCGGAGGCGCCGCGGUUCGGCUUCCUCGCCUGCUUCAAAGUCACCAGUGAUGUGGUCUGGGAGGAUUCGCUCUUGAUCGGCCUCGAGGAACCGCUCCUGGGAUGUGCUUACAAUGCAUUAUCCUGUCGGUCAUGUGGCUUGUCUGUGGGCUUCAUCCUUCAUUCUGCUGCCAGUGACCUGGCAUAUCUCCGAGGCUUGUUCUGUUUCUUCAAGGACAGAAUCCUCUGUUAUCUCUUAGAAAACCAAAUGGUUAUAGAAGCUUCUAAGGUGGAUUUUCCUGCUGUGACCUUAAAGAAACAAGUGCAGGAACUGAAAGAAAAGCUUGUGGAGUUCCACAUUCGCAUAGAAUUGGUGACAAAGAAGCUGAAGGAACUGGAACAAAGUAAUUAUGCAACAAAUGGCAGAGCUCUGCAUCAGAUACAGAUAGUCUACCACCAGGAUAUACAGGAGUUAGGAUCAACUAGUAGCUGUUUUCAAGAACUGCUGGAGUUGUUUCUGCAUCUCUUCUGAGUUUGUUCAUUAUGGAGAAAUAAUGCACCAGAUCAGA